AUGGCGAUAUCAUUCUUCAACUCCUGGCAGUUGUGGGAAAAGAUGACAUUUGUUUUGGGAUGCGCCAUUGUAGCAGUUUUUUGCGUGGGAUACAUCAAAUUAUUAUGGACAAACAGGAUAGUUGCAAGACAGGAGAUUCUAGACGAGGAAAAGCGUAUGAAGAUCCAAGAAUUACGACAAAGUGGACAGUUUGUCGAGACAAGCAAAGGUCAUGAUGUCCCGUUCGGCGUUCGCGCCAUUCAAAGUGGUAUACAAGUGGAUGGAAUCUGGAUUUCUGGAACAAAUACUCCUGUUCCUAGCAUCAAACUCCAGCGCCACUCAUCCUACGAGCCUUCUACUCCAGAUUCGACCUCUAACGCACACGCAUCCCCCGAUGGUUACAAUCAUCCAACGCCACCCAAGAAUGGUCAACCAAACUUCCGGUAUAGCGAAUCUGCGAUACUUCCGAGCCACAGAAGUGUAAGUGACGAUGAUACUAUUGUCUCGGAUCCUCGUAGCUCUUCUCGUCAACGAGCAACCUAUAAACCUACAAGAUCGUCACAACUACGUUUUGGAACAGUCGGAGAACAUCAAUAUGAUGAGGAGACACUUGAGCAUCUUGAAGGCAAUGCAGAAAAUGGUAGAGUUUAUACUCAUAGACCUCGUGGAGCUCGCCGAUCCGAUGAGUCAAUUUCUGAUGCUGCUGCCGCUGCUGAUAACGAACGCUCAUCUGGAACUUCUGAUGAGUCCGAUGAAACAUUCUCUCGUGUUAAACACCCCCAACCUAACCGCCCGUUCAAUUAUCCUACUCGAACUCCGUCUCCGGAAGUUUUGACGCCAGCAUUUCCUUCAUUCUCUCAUCAGCCAACUACCAAAGGCAAGGGUCAAUAUUCAUCAAUUCCUCUUUUUCCUGAGGAUGAGGAAUCAAAUCCAUUUUCGUCGAGUCAUGUAAGCACAUAUGGCACCAAUCGUCAACCAGUUGAAGAUCAACGAUACACUGAUAAUAACGUUGAAUCCCGAGCUCCUCUUUUAAAAAGUCGCUCUCCAUCUUCACAAUUCAUACCUGGAGAACUUCAUCAAAAUAAGUCGGUCAGGAAGGUCAAUUCUGGUUUUGAGAUUUUACCAGCAGGCACAUUUGGUACUCAAUCAACACUGGAUUUGAAGGGAAAAGGUGUUAAUCGUCAUGAGAGUUGGAAUGUCAAUAACUCAGACCAUGUUGCGCCACUACAGCCAAACAAAUUACAGAAAAAGACAAGAUUUUCUAUGGUUUCGCUGCCGUCAAGAAGAACGAUGGAUUAG